AUGGAACAGGAAACUAAAUCAAGGUUUGUAAAACAUAGUGGAUCAUCAAAGAGAAAAGAUGGGAGUUUGUAUACCUAUUAUUAUUGUCAUCGUGGUGGUGAUUAUGUUCCCAAAAGCAAAAAUGGUAUGUGUAGGAAGACUGCUGGUACAAAUAAAAUUCAAGCCAACUGCCCUGCUAGUAUUAGGACAACAGAGAACAGUGAUGGCAAAGUGACAGUUUGUUUUGUGAGUACCCAUGUAGGACAUAGCUGUGAUAUUACUAGAAUGAAUCUGACAGUAUCAGAGAGAGAAAGGUUGGCAGAACAAAUUAGAAUGAAAGUACCACUUGAAGACAUUCUUCAAGGGAUUAGGAAUACAGUAGGAGAAGACAAUUUACAAAGGAUUCAUUUAACAACCAAGAGAGAUCUAAAAAGAUUAAUUCUGCAAUAUGGACUAGAUUCAGAUAUACCCGACAUUGAUGAAGAUGAUGAAGCUGUGGGUAAAUGGGUAAAAUUUAUGAAAGAAAAUGGGAAUAUUAUUCGAUUUUAUAAACCUCGUGGUAUACAUUUUCCAGAUUUAGAAGAAAAUGAUUUUUGCCUAAUUUUUGCCAAUGAAGAACAGCUGAAUGCGUUAAGGAAAUUUGGAAAUAAUAUUUUGUGUGUAGAUGUGGUUCAUGGGCAUUCAGGAUAUGACUAUCAAUUUUUUACUAUUCUUGUUUUUGAUGAAGAAAGAAAUGGUUUUCCAUGUGCAUUCAUGUUCUCAAAUAGGAGUGAUUCUUCUAUAUUGGACCUCUUCUUCAAGACAGUAGUAGAAAAUGUUGGAUGUUCUUUAUCACCCAAAUAUUUCAUAAGCAAUAUGGAUGAAAUUUUCUUCGAUGUUUGGACCUCCCGUUUUCCAAAGAAAGACAUUCAACAGUUGUAUGCUGCAUGGCAUGUAGAUAAAGUGUGGGAACAGUAUUUAAGUAAAAUAAAAUCUGAAGAGAAAAAAGUUGAAGUUUACAAAAAAAUGAAAAUUCUCAUGAUGGAACGUGAUGAAACAGCAUUUCUUGAAAUGUCAAAUUUAUUAAUGGAAGAAAUGGCUAACAAUGAUUUGACCAACAGUUUUGUAAAAUAUUUUGAAAGAUUUAUCCAGGAGUCUUCUAAAUGGGCAUUCUGUUACAGAUUAGAAGUUGGAUAUAAUACUGAUAUUAUCUUUGAGAUUUUCCAUAAAAAUUUUAAACACAUUUACCAGGCCGGUAAAAAAAGUAAAAAGUUAAUAAAAUCAAUUCAUGCCCUACAAAAGUUUUUGAGAGAUCGUGUAUUUCAGAGAUUAGAUCAACAUUGUAAGAGUAAUAUCAGUAAGAAGUUGGUUUGUGUAAGGAAGCGGCAUCAGUCUUCACUCGAGUUAUCUCUUGACACUGUCUACACAUUGGGUGAGGAUGGCUGGGCAGUGUUUUUUGGAACUGAUACAUACAAUGUUUCUUUAUGCAAGAAAGACUGCAGUUGCAAUUUGAAAUGUGAAGAAUGUGCUGUUUGUUUACAUACAUUUUCUUGUACCUGCACAGAUUCUGCAGUAUUGGGGAAUAUGUGUAAGCAUAUUCAUCUUGUUUGCAGAGCAAUUUCAGUUCAAGUUUUGGAAAUUUAUCAACAGUUUCCAGAUGAACAAAUUAGUGAUAAUGAAUCAACAGAAAAAGAAGAUGUAAUUGUUAUUCAACUAACCCCAAACAGUGAAGAGGAAGAUAUAGAACAAGGCAAACAGGUUAUUAUAUUGGAAAUUGCUAAUCUGAUUAAUGCAGAAGUGAAAUCCGAGAAAGGAUUGGAAACCCUAAAGCAAUUAAUCAAUCCUCUCAAAGAUGCAAUAAGAGAUGCAGAGGAAAUAAAUGACAAUUCCUCAUUUGUAAUAGUUGAAGAGGAGAUUAAUGAACUACCUUACAAAAAAAUACGUAUUCAGAAUGAUACAAAGAGUAAUCAAUGGGUUGAUAAAAAUCUUAACAUUAGUAAUUCUGAAUGCUUUCAACAAAUUUCUUUUAAUGAACCCAACGAAACAGUAGCUUCCUGGAUUGUAAUAAAAGAUAAUUAUUCUGGAAAUGGUGUUUAUUAA